UCUGCCUUCGUUCCGUCAGUGUCCUUUAUAUUCCCUCUUGUUGAUUGUUGACCGCGAUGACUCCUUUCGCACAUAUUUGGAGGCCAAUAUGGCGUGAUCGCCUCAUGCUUUGGCACAAUAUCCCACUCCCACCACCACAAAGACUUCCAAAAUUCAAUUCUAAUAUCACUGUCUCGCAUUUCUAUCUGAUCUCUAAAGCUUCUCACCCUUCUCAAUCUUUGAUCGCGCUGUGACCAUUAGCCUCCAUCCCUCUCCCACGACCGAAAGCACCAUGACUUCCAUCCUUACCACCCCAAGUGUCAUCCCAGACCGCCUUCCGCAAACAAACGCAAUCAUUGACAACAAAACUGCCACGGUCUCCACAGUAGAAGUGGAAAGUCCUUCUUCCAGUGGCGAUGAGUCGAGCUCUUCCUCAGACUGGCUUGUCGUCUCGCCAUACACCGACCGUGAACACCAAUUAGAUCUCCAGACCGUCGAUACCCCAUUCCGGCUUCUGGCACUGGCCUUGGUCAAACUCGAGGCUGCCACACCCGACUAUGCCACAGUCAAGUACGAAGACGCUUUCAAAUGGUCAGAAAUCUUUGCAGAACUGAAGGAGCUGGCCAAGCAACAUGGAUAUCGGUGGACUAAGCAGGACUUCUAUGUCGUCGAGUUUCGAUCCAAGCUGAAAACAAACAUUGACCGGCCUUUGCUCUUUGCCCUUGACAAACAAUCUCACGUCGAGGCAACUGCCAGCGGCGGACUUUUGAAGUAUUGGUUUGGUGAGCCUGACUUGGAAAAUCGGAACCUCGCAACUUGCCUUUGGCGAAGCAAGCAAGACGCGAUCAAUGGGGGAAAGGGACCAUGGCACAAACAAGCUCGAGCAUGCAUCCCCAAGAUGUACGAGAUAAUUGAUGUUCAUGGCGUUCGGCUUACCGUUGAAGACAAUAUUGAGUCGUGGUCAUUCUCGCCGUGGCCUCAUAGACAGCCCUAGAUUCUUGGGAGAUGAUUGUGCGGCGACACAAGACAAAGGGAGAAGCCAAGCGGAUUGAUUGUAUUGCAUAGCGUUCCGAGCAUCAUAGAUGGAGUUUCUGGGAAGAUGAUGGCAGAUGUUUCCAUUCGGGUUCUCGUCGUUGGCGGAAAGGGAAGAUGGGUCAAUUCUAUCAAUUGAUUGCAAAGCAAGUGAGCACAUACACGUGACUUUUCAUCCUGUCAGUCAUGUGACCUAUCAGAUCUCAUCUGCACGUGUCUGCCUGAUUUGUUCGCUACGUAUUCGGCUUUGACUCGAC